ACAUGCAAGGCAAUUUUAGUAGUCGCCGUCAGUACCCAAUACUCAUCAGCACAGUGAGAUAGUACAUGCUAUUCACUAGUUAAGUGAACUGUGGUGUUUAGUUUCUCGUCUCCGGAAUGUCCCGAUGUAUUAGUCCCUAUUAGUUCGUCAGGCUAAAGUCCUAGGUUUUAAAUCACAUUUGAACGUCCUCUGUAGUCAGUUAAAACCCGUAUUACUCUAUGAAAUUGGAGCUUUCAAAAUUUACAAAACGAGACUACUGGUGAAGUCAAGGGAUCAUGGAUGGAAGAAUACAGACGGAGAAGGUGAAGAAUCCAAGGGAAAAGGCGAACCCUCUCAGUGCACUCACAUUCUCAUGGAUCCUCCGAACAUUUUGGUUGGGUUACCAAAGAGACUUGGAGGUGACUGAUCUUUACAAGCCACUCAAGGAACACACAAGUAAUAUUCUUGGUGAAAAAAUCACAUCCGUUUGGGAAGAGGAAUUUAGACGCUUGAACAAAUCUCAAUUGCCAGGAACACAGAAACAAGAAAAUGAAAAAGGAAAAAGAAAAACUGCAGAAGGUGGUCCAACUUACAAGGAACCGAGUUUGAUGCGAGUUUUGAUCAAGUGCUUUGGUGCCAAAGUAGCCAUGUAUGGAAUUUUCUUAGCCAUAAUGGAAAUUUUACUCAGAUUGCUGCAACCAUUGUUCCUAAGUCUUCUCAUCCGUUAUUAUCGUCCAAUCAAAAAUCCUUAUGUGCCAAUUCACAGUGGGCGAACUAUGCCUGAUCUGCAAGAAAAAGAGGAGACUGCUAGAUCGGUGAUGCAGCCGUUGUUCCUGGGUCGCCUUCUGCGUUUCUACCAGACCGAUAAUCUGGUAACUUACGAAGAAGCCUACCUUUACGCACUUGGAGUGAUAAUGUGCUCCGCAGUCAACAUAUUCGUCAUUCAUCCAUACAUGAUGGCAAUCCUCCACAUGGGAAUGAAAAUGCGAAUCGCUUGCUGCUCUCUCAUCUACAGAAAAGCUCUCCGAUUGUCAAAAACUGCCUUAGGAGAAACGACGAUUGGCCAGGCCGUAAAUCUCCUCUCCAAUGACGUAAAUCGAUUUGACGUUGCAAUUAUUUUCUUACAUUAUUUAUGGAUUGGACCUCUGGAAACUAUAAUUGUUACUUACUUCAUGUACCAAGAAGUCGGCGCCUCUGCUGUAAUCGGCGUUGCGACACUUCUCAUGUUUAUACCACUACAAGGAUUUUUGGGCAAGAAAUCCUCAGUGCUAAGAUUGCGAACAGCGAUUAGAACUGAUGAGAGAGUGCGAUUAACAAACGAGAUAAUCAGCGGCAUUCAAGCGAUCAAAAUGUACACGUGGGAGAAGCCAUUUAGUGCGUUAAUCGAAAAGGCAAGAAGAAAGGAGAUAAAUGUCAUAAGAUCCACGUCCUAUAUCAGGGGUAUGAUUACGUCUUUUAUCAUCUUCUCAACGAGAUUAUCUCUUUUCAUCACGGUCCUGGCUUAUGUUCUUUAUGAUGAACAUAUAACUGCCGAGAAAGUCUUCAUGUUGACUGCAUAUUACAAUAUUCUUCGGCAAACGAUGACUGUCUUUUUCCCUCAAGGAAUAACGCAAGUAGCUGAAGCUUGUGUGUCUAUUCGACGAUUGGAAAACUUCAUGAGAUACGAGGAAGUUGCUGAGAGAGAAGUACACAAGUUUGAUAAGAAAAUAAAUACAAUAGAUGAGUUCGGCAAUAAUAAGGUCGAUGAGAAAAUGGAGGAACACGAAGGUUCAGUAUUAGUGAAAAAUGGCUGUGCUAGAUGGUUGGAAACCGAUAAAGAGGACACGUUACACGGAAUAAAUUUGCAUGUAAAACCUGGUCACUUAACCGCUAUUGUCGGACAAGUUGGCGUGGGGAAAUCCAGCUUAUUGAAUGCUAUAUUAAAGGAACUACCGCUGAAUGAUGGAACUGUUCAGGUGAAAGGUAGUCUUGCGUAUGCUAGUCAGGAACCAUGGCUGUUUGCUGGUUCAGUCAGGCAAAAUAUUUUGUUUGGCAGGAAAUACGAACAACUUCGUUACGAGCAAGUUGUAAAAGUAUGCCAAUUAAAGAGAGAUUUUAGUUUGUUGCCUUAUGGCGAUAAAACUAUCGUGGGAGAAAAAGGAAUUAGUCUCUCUGGUGGGCAGCGAGCCAGAAUAAACCUUGCACGUGCAGUUUAUGCAGACGUGGAUAUUUAUUUAUUCGACGAUCCAUUGAGUGCUGUCGACGCACACGUAGGAAAGCGAAUGUUUGAAGAUUGUAUCGAUAGGUAUCUGCGGAACAGAACGAGAAUUCUUGUUACUCAUCAGUUGCAGUAUUUGCGGAAUGUGGAUCACAUUGUUGUUUUGAAGGAUGGAAUAAUUCAAGCUGAAGGAUCGUUUCAAGAGUUGGGAGCUUUGGGAGUCGAUUUCGGUCAACUCUUGGAAUCUCAAGCCCAGCAAGUAGAAGAACAGGUAGCUUCUGUGCCUGGUAGCAGAUGUACUUCUAGGCAAGGAAGUAUCACUUCCAUAAAUUCUUUCAUGGCGAAUGAUGUCGCAAAAGCAUCCAUCGAGCCAGAAGAGGAAGCAGAGAUGCGAUCGAAAGGCAAUGUCGGCGGAUGGGUUUACAAGGGUUAUUUUAAAGCAGGAGGAAAUUGGUGCGUGAUUCUCACGAUAUUUUUGUUCUGUACUGGGGCUCAACUUGCAGCCAGUGGUGGAGAUUGGUUUAUCGCUCAGUGGGUGAAUAUGGAAGAGAAAUCGGAGAUAAAAGGAGGGCAGGUGAUCCGUUGGGAAGGCUCAUUUUCUCGAGAAACUUGCAUCUACAUCUACUCUGGCCUAACUCUUUUAACAAUUGUUAUAACAGUUGUGCGUUCAUUCUCCUUUUUCUCAAUGUGCAUGAGAUCUUCUAAGAGACUCCACGAUCGGAUGUUCCGGGCAAUCAGCCGAGCAACCAUGAAAUUUUUCAGCACCAACUCUUCAGGACGAGUUCUUAAUCGAUUCUCAAAGGACAUGGGUGCUAUUGAUGAAAUGCUUCCGAUUGCCUUAAUUGACUGUGUUCAGAUCGGCCUCUCACUUGUAGGAAUCAUUGUCGUUGUCGCUGCCUCGAAUGUUUGGCUUCUGAUACCCACCUUCCUCAUUGGUAUCGUCUUUUAUUAUUUAAGAGUCUUUUACCUCGCCACAAGUCGCAGUGUCAAACGUCUUGAAGGAGUCACACGAUCGCCAGUAUUCGGACAUCUGAAUGCAACUCUUCAAGGAAUGACAACAAUCCGAGCCUUCCAGGCAGAAGAAGUCCUCACAAAAGAGUUUGAUCAUCACCAGGAUCUUCAUUCGUCAGCCUGGUUUAUCUUCAUAGCUUCCUCUCGUGCCUUUGGAUUUUGGUUGGACAUUUUCUGUCUCUUUUAUAUCGCUCUGGUAACUUUGAGCUUUCUCUUUAUGGGAGGUGAAGACAAGACUGAAGGUGGCAAUGUGGGAUUGGCGAUUACUCAGAGUAUCGGUCUCACUGGAAUGUUCCAGUGGGGAAUGAGACAGAGUGCAGAGUUAGAAAAUCAGAUGACUUCAGUUGAACGAGUUCUCGAGUACAGCAACAUUGAAAGCGAACCAGCUCUAGAAAGCAGUCCUGACAAAAAACCAAACGACGAUUGGCCUCAUGAAGGAAAGGUCGAGUUCAAAGAAGUCUUUCUGCGAUAUUCGCCUUUGGAGCCUCCAGUUUUGAAAAACCUGAACUUUGUGAUUAGUACGAAAGAAAAGGUAGGAAUCGUCGGUCGCACUGGUGCCGGAAAAUCAUCUCUAAUUUCCGCACUUUUCCGGCUUGCAAUUGUGGAAGGUCGUAUUGAAAUCGACGGAGUGGACACUGGAGAAAUUGGACUUCAUGAUCUUCGAUCAAAGAUCAGCAUAAUCCCGCAGGAACCGUUCCUCUUUGCUGGAAGUCUUCGGUCCAAUCUAGACCCUUUCAACGCUUAUCCAGAUCACAUGUUGUGGCAAGCUCUUGAGGAGGUCGAACUUAAAGAAAUGGGUCUCGAUGCUCAUGUGAACGAGGGUGGAAGUAAUUUGAGUGUUGGCCAAAGACAGCUGGUCUGUUUAGCCAGAGCGAUUGCCAGAAAUAAUCCCAUUCUUGUUCUCGACGAAGCCACUGCCAACGUCGAUCCUCGAACUGACGAAUUGAUCCAAAAGACUAUUCGAACCAAGUUUGAAAAGUGCACUGUACUUACGAUCGCUCACAGGCUAAACACAGUCAUGGACAGCGAUCGCAUUUUGGUUAUGGAUGCCGGCAGCGUUGUGGAGUUUGAUCACCCACAUCUUCUGCUGCAAAAGGAAAGCGGAAAUUUAAAAAGCAUGGUACGAGAAACAGGAACAUCAAUGGCAGAAGCUUUAACGGCAGUCGCACAAAGAAGUUAUAAUCUACGACACAUGGCGACUCCUCUUUAAAGUAUUGAGGCUUUAGACUUUUCUACGUACAGUUCGCCCAUGGCUUAGCGUCGUAGCGAAAUAGGCAAUCAUUCAUAUUCUUAUUUAAAUACAUUUUUUACAGAUAUUAUUGUGCUCUCGUCCACAAGACCUCAAAGGUUAGCCCUCCAUCAAUCAAUUAUACUUAAACAAUAUUCCAGAAUAUUGUGAAUUUUAACUGUGCAGGAUGUAACAUCGAUAUAUGUAUCGGGUCUUGCGACGGGAUAUUCGGUCGCAAGUAGACGCGAGCUCAGACUCAGUAUUAUUAUAUAUCCGUAUAUUUGUCGGUCUGGAAAUUAAGAUCGAAUCACGCUGAAGUGUACUUAUAAAGUCAGUUCACUUUUAUAUCGUCUUUUUGUAGCUACGACCACAGAAAGGUAUUUUUCUAUUGCGCGAUUUCGAAGUUCAUCGAAUGCAUUUGGAAUUAUGAGAUAUUUUGAACGAUUGUAUGAAUGUUUUUGUGAAUGUUUCUGUAAGAGUGUGUACGUGAGUUUAAGGAGCUUAAAACUGUUGGCAUGUGGUGCUUAUUUUAUACAUGUUCGGUAGGGUUUAAUUUUAAAAUAGAGCUGCGGUUAAACUCGCAAGUUCUCAGUGAUUCUUAAUCUUAUUAGAUAGGAUGCAUACUUAAUUUAUAUAUAACGUAGAAUAAUUUCCAUAUGAUGAAGGUGUGAGUUUGUUAAAUUGAGAUUAAACUGUUUUUUAGAACCUC